AUGGUGUUAACGAAAUUAUCUGUAAUAUUCGUUAUUUGUGCUCUAUGGUUUCAUGUCGAAUGCAUGGUUGUGAAGUUUGAACGCGCACGUGUUGUCUAUCUGGAUGACGAUUACAUGUUCAAUACUACGGUGUUCGUCAGGCGAUACAGCAGAAAAACCCCACACUACUUGCACAUCAUUGCAAACACAAGACAUCUAUGGAACAACAAUAUAACGGUGGAUAUUAUUUUCGACCAGUUUCUUCAUAACGAAUAUCGACCAUCGUUUGUAGAACUGCAUCAUAAGUUCUGUGACUUUAUUCAUGGUGAACCUUGGGUGGGUGGUAUGUUGAAAAUGUUUGGGCUGACUUGUCCUCUGAAUCCUGUAAGUAGUAACACUACAGUUGAAUAUUAA